GCUAACUACCCUCCAAUCGCGAUACCCGGGGGGGCGGGCUCUGCGCCCGAACGUUUGGCGGGAGGAGAUGGCGGUGCGGCAGCAGCUGCGACAGCUGUUCCAGGACCCGCAGCCCAUCGGGGCCAUUGUACUGGAGCGGGCGCCCGCCCCCGCCGCUACCGCCUGGGCCUCGCCACGGCCGCCGCCGCCGCCGCCGCCGCCGCCGCCGCCCCCGUCGUCUUCCUUGCCGCCGGCCCCAGAGCCGGCGUCGCCGCCGCGGCGACAGGGUCCGCUGCCGGAGGAGUGCGCCGUCUUCCACUGCCGUGGCUGCUGGACGGUGCUGGGGGACUCGCUGCAGCUGUGCGGGCAGGAGCCGCCGGGGCUUCACGUCCUUGUCUGCUUCAAAGUCACCAACGAUGUGACCUGGGAGGACUCGCUGCUGGUCGGCCUGGAGGGAGCCCUCCUGGGAUGUGCUUAUUAUUUAUUAUUCUGUCGCUCUUGUGGCUUGGCCGUGGGCUUCAUUCUUUAUUCUUCUGGCAGUGACCUGGCGCAUCUCCGGGACUUGUUCUGUUUCUUCAAGGACAGCAUCAUGUGUUAUCUCUUAAAAAAUCAAAUGAUUAUAGAAGCUUCUAAGGUGAAUUUUCCAGCUGUGACCUUGAAGAAACACAUGCAGAAUAUGAAAGAAAAGCUUGUGGAGUUAAAUGGUCGUAUAGAAUUAUUGACAAGGAAUCUGGAUAAAAUAAUUAUGUAACAAAGUAAUUAUGUAACAGAAUGGCAAAAUUCUUCAACAGAUCCAGGUGACCUACUAUCAAGGUAUGCAAGAGUUAAUCAACUAAUACCCAUUUUCAACAACUGUUGGAGUUGUUUCUGCAUCUCUGCUGAGUUUGGUCAUUACGAAGAAAUAAUGCACCAGACCAGGUCUGAGUAUUGAUCUGUCACUUAUUGUGUGGAACUGAAGUGCAACCCUUCAGGAACACCUGAGAAUCUGACGUACUAAAGUUAUGCUUGGAAGACUGAACAGCUCAGCCAUGCAGCAUGUGGCUGAGGCUGUGGAAAUCUGACUUUGGUUUUUUUAAUGACUUCAGGGGGAACACUUGGAAAUACUGAAGUCAGGUUUCUGGAGCUAUGCAAAAUAUACUUAACAAGGUGAUGCUAUUUGAGCCACCAUUACAAACUGAACCUUCUUAAAAACCUAAAGCUCUU